CUAAUUCAUUAAUUAUUUUCCAGUGUCCAGUGUUAGAGCUUCCCCCAAAUCCAGCCUACCAUUCCAAUCUAGCGACCUGCGUCAUGGCCGACGUUGAAGCUCCCCAAGUCGCCCAUCAGGACGAAGCUCCUGCGGACAUCUUAUCUGACCAUGACACUACUGGGGUAACAUCGGAAAUCGACCCCGAGACUGAGAAAGAAGCCCCGCCAAAGGAGGCUGCCAAUGGCGUCAAGAAGGAGAAUGUUCCCCCAAAGCGUGGCAUUGCUCCGAAGCGGCCAGGCACAACGGCAACCUCGUCUGCAACGAAGCCCACGACAUCAUCUGCCACUCGAACAACGGCUGGUGGGCUUUCCAAACCUCCAACCCGACCACCUGUUGGUUCUUCUGUUCGAAAGUCGACAAGCAGCGCCACCGCCCCCACAUCUGCCAGUGCUGGACAUAAAUCCACUCCCUCAACAGGAGGUGGAUCUGGUGAUGAGAAGAAGAAGCCGCUUGCAGCAGCAGCUCGGAGAACCUCUCUAGCAACCUCAGGUGCUCAUCACACUCCUGUGAAGUCGGAAACGCUGGCCGAAAAGCGAGGAACCACGACUACCUCUUCGACCACCGCUCGGAAGCCAGCGACUUCAGUGAGCGCAUCGAGCCCUAAGCCCGCCCUCAAACCUUCAACAUCGAGCACAUCCAGUACAUCUACGCGGGCCCCUCUGACUUCAAGCACUUCUGCGAGCAGGUCUGCACCGGUUGCUAAGCCAGCAGCCUCCAGUGUUGUUGCAGAUACGAAGAAGCGCCUUUCGACAAUAUCAGGGUCGCCAAGUGCUUCAAAGCCCGCCGCACGCCCAGCACACUCAACGACUGCCGUCUCAUCGAAAGAAGUGGACGAACUGAAGGCAAAGUUAGCAGACAGCGAGACCCGAGUCGAGGAACUUCAAAAAGAGAUUGCGUCUUCCCAAGAGAAAUUGCUGGAGCUGGGAAAACAAAUUGAAGAGGAAGCGAAGCGUGUGACCGAGACAGAAGAGACUCUUGGGGCACAACACCAUGAAUUGGUCGAGAAGCUGCGCGCAAAACACAAGGCCGAUGUCGAGGAACUUCAAGCUCAAUUGGCUGAGGCUGAGGCUGCUAAGGCGACUGCUCAUGAGUCGUCCUUGAAAGCUAUCGAAGAGGCACACCAGGCUGCAGCUGCGAAGGGAACUUCAGAGACAGCGGAGGCCCUUAAAAAGCUGACCGCUGAACAUGCCUCCGCCGUUGAAGCACUCAAUUCCGAAUUAGCUAGUGCUAGAGAGGCCAAUUCCGCUUCCUCGAAGCUUUCCGCCGAGAAGGAAGCUGAAAUUACAGCUCUUAAAUCCCAAAUUGCACAAGACGAGACAAAGCUGGAGUCGUUGAUCGCUGAGCACCAGACAACACUGGACGAUUUGAAGAAGUCGCUAGCCGCUGAGCAUGAGUCUGCCGUAGCUACACUAAAAUCUGAUCAUUCUGCAGAGCUUGUGAAGGGCACCACGGAGGCUUCGUCUGUAUACGAAAAGCAACUUGCAGACCUUACCCAAAAGCAUGAGGCUUCUAGUAGCGAGCUUCGAAGCAAACUCGAGGCGGCAGCUGCCGCGCAGACCGCUUUGGAAGCUUCACAUAAGCAAACGCUGGACAGUCACCAAACGGAGUCAGCGGCAAUUAUUUCAAAAUUGGAGGUAGAACUUGCUACUUUGGAGGAGAAGGCAAAGGCUGACUCGGAUUCGUUGGCAAAGUCAACCAAGGAGGUUCAAGCAUUAGGAGAAAAGUCCACGUCAACUCAGAAACAACUCGCUUUAGCCCAGGAAGAACUUGGUGCCACUUCAAAGAAGCUUCAGGCUUUGCAGCUCAAGAGUUCAGAAGAUGGAAAGGCAUUAGAGACAGCAAAGGCUGAUCGGGCCAAGGCUGAGCAAGAAGUUACAUCUCUUCAACAGAUGAUGGACACAUUUGAUGCGGAUGGAAGGAGCAGGGAUGAAUUGCACAAUAAGGUGAAGGCAGAGCUUGCCGCUACCGUGAAGAGUCUCGAAGAUAAGACCAAAGAGAUAGCAUCGCUGCAACAGAAACACCAAAAGGAAGUCGAACAGCACCAAAAACAACUUGAAAACGUUUCCAACGACUACCAAAAGGAAAUCGACUCGUUGCAAGGCAAUUCCGGUGUCAGGGAGGAAUUGGAUGCUCUUCAGGCAAAGCAUGAGGAACUCAUCAAGUCCCAUACUGAUGCUACUACAACUCAUGCUAAGGAGUUGGAAAAACUUAAGCAAGACCAUGCCGCAGCUAUUGUUGUCUUUGAUGAUAGAGAGACCGCACAGGCAAAGUCAGUCGAGGAACUGAAGACUACUCAUGCAAAGGCACUCGAGGAUCUGAAGACUACUCACGCAAAAAAAUUGGACGAGGCUCACGACAGAGCAACCACUGCUGUGGACGCCACUCAUGCUAGCGAGGUGAAAGAGAUCCACGCAAGCUAUUCCGAACAAAUAGCCACCCUGAAGGAGCAGCAUGGGGCAAGUCAAGCGAGUACGUCUUCGGAUGCCGAGAAGCAAAAGGCCACUGUGACUGCGUUGCAGGCCGAAAUUGCAGAGACGAAUUCUUCCUUACUCAAGGCGCACGCUGAAUUGGAUGCUCUGAAGCAGGAUCUAGCUCGUGAGAAGAUGGAAAAGGCUUCUGCUCAGGCCGACCUGGAAGCUGCUAAGAGCAAGAAGCCAGAUACAUCCGAAGCAGAUGCUCUCCGCAAGGAACUUCAAGCUUUGAAAGACCAACACCAAGCAGCUCUUAUGACUGCUCAACAGGAGUCAGCAAAAGCCACAGAAGAGCAUCUAGCUACGAAGGCGUCUCUCGAGAAGUUGCAGGCUGAACUGGCUAGACAGAAGGAGGAAAGCAAGUCUGACUACAACUCCUUGCAUGAUUCCAUGGGUCAGCUUGUCGAAGAGGCAACCAAGAAGGCUGCGGAUGUUGAAACUCGAUUGAAGGAGGCCGAAGCCAAUCUCAAAGUGAAGGAUGCUGAGCUUGCUGAGGUAAAGACCAAGAACACCGCACUUCCUUCACCCAAGACGCCCACAACUGCCAAGGGGCUUGCUGCCAGCAAAUAUGCUGAGGAAGACGAUGCUGCUCCAGCUAAGUCAGAUGCGGUGGAAGGUGAGCAUGACAGUUCAUCAGCCGCAUUAGCAUCGGUCCGGCAACCUUUCUCCUAAUCCUGUUUUCCUUUAGACCAUUCUCUUGCAAAAUCUUCUCAAUCUUCGACUUCCCCAGCUGCACGGCCGCAAAAGGACAAACCUGCUGACGGCUUUAUUUUUG